GCCCGAGCGCGUGAGGCUGAUGUGGAGGAGCCCAGGAAAGAGGCGCACUGACUCCAUGCGCACAAGUGGAUGAGCCGCCUAUGCAAUUGAGAGUGCGCUUAAAGGAGCAAUAUACCGGGGGACUAAAGUGACGCUGUACCAAAGGGAAUGAAGAGAAGCAUCGCGAGGUCUAAUAACGAGCUGAGCGUAUUUCUCACUAUGGCACGGAUUUGCGCUCGUACAAAUGCACCUUUUUGCGAAGAUGACAUAAGCACUUGACAAAAAAUGGGAUUCCUCCGAGAGCCGAACUCACUAACGACCUGAAUGAGUAAACAGAGACUGGAUUCAGAUUGUGGCUCAGUUUGGGAGUCUCUGCCUUGACAAUCCACGAUUGUGAGUGAACAGCAGUUGCCUAAAUAUGAAUCUGCGUAAAGCACUUCUCCUUUUCCUCUUCCUAAAUAGUGUGACAAUGACUCUAACCCUUUCUACCUGCACCACUGUGGACAUUGACCACAUCAAGAAAAAGAGAGUGGAAGCAGUGCGGGGACAGAUUCUCAGUAAACUGCGGCUGACAAGUCCGCCUCAGACCACUGGUCCAAGUCAGGUACCAUACCAGGUUCUCGCCCUCUAUAACAGCACCAAGGAGCUUAUUGAGGAGCUGGGACGGGACAAGCAGCAGAGUUGUGGCCAGGAUAACACGGAGACUGAGUACUAUGCAAAAGAGAUUUACAAGUUCAACAUGAUCAAUGGUCCUGAGCACAAUGACCUCACCUACUGCCCUAAAGGAAUCACCUCCAGGGUUUUCCGCUUCAAUGUGUCCAUCAUGGAGAAGAACUCCACCAACCUGUUCCGGGCGGAGUUCCGCGCUCUGAGGGUCCCCAAUCCUGCCGCUAAGAGGAACGAGCAGAGGAUCGAGCUGUACCAGAUCCUUCAGAAAGACGACCCCAAAGCCAAGCAGCGCUACAUUGGGGGCAAGAACGUCCUGACCAAGGGGACACCCGAGUGGGUCUCCUUCGACGUGACCGACACAGUGAGGGAGUGGCUCAUGUAUAGACAGACUAACCUGGGCCUGGAGAUCAGCGUCCACUGUCCCUGCCACACUUUUAGACCCAACGGGGACAUCAUUGAGAACGCCAACGAGGUACUGGAGGUCAAGUUCAAAGGUAUGGAUGAAGAUCUGAGCCAUCACAAGGAGCAGAAGGAGCAGCUCUACCCCCACCUCAUCCUCAUGAUGCUGCCACCGCAUCGACUGGACACUCAGUCCUCAUCGCGAAGACGCAAGAGGGCACUGGACACCAAUUACUGCUUCAAUAAUUAUGAGGAGAACUGCUGUGUGCGACCACUAUAUAUUAAUUUCCGCCAGGACUUGGGCUGGAGGUGGAUUCAUCAGCCUGAAGGGUACUACGCCAACUUCUGCUCGGGGCCCUGUCCCUACCUACGCAGCUCUGACACAACCCACAGCACACUGCUGAGCCUGUACAACACUCUGAACCCAGAGGCAUCAGCGUCUCCCUGCUGUGUCCCUCAGGACCUGGAGCCCCUUACCAUCCUCUACUAUGUGGGUCGCUCGCCCAAAGUAGAGCAGCUGUCCAACAUGGUGGUCAAGUCCUGCAAGUGCAGCUAGAGACAGUGAGAGACUCAGACUGGGACAACUCAGGAGCUGGCAGCAUGGGUUUGAAUACUCAACGCUGCUUCUAGAAAACGUACAAGGACUCUUUAAUCCAUCGACAAGAAGCAGGCUGAAAAUGAGGCAUUCACCCAAUGAAGACAAUUACCACUUCACUGAAACGUAGACCUCUUGAACUUGAGACUUUUAACAUUAGUGUUAUUAUAAUAUGAUGGUGUCAUUGUAAAAAGAAACUGAACACGCAUGAAAAGAAGGUACAAUUAAAACUAUUAAGAGACAACUGUAUGUCCUUGCUGGAAAUGAACGCUGUACUGUCACACUGUUCAUUGAAAUGCUGUCAGAUAGAAGUAAGGUGUUAGAGAGACAAAAUAAGACAUGCUGGAAAAAACAAGCCUUUAUUCAAAGUAGUAUUUCCAUGGUUAUGUUUACCUCUUGAAUACAACAGGACCCAGGGAUGUUCUUUAGCAAGUGAAGCCUUCUGUUUUAUCAACAUUGUAUGUCACUAAGUGAACACUUAACUAGAACACAAAGUGUAAAUGUUUUAUUAUUACCCUUGAAAACACUUUUUUUAAUUAAAUGGACUGUUGGAUAGUA